AUGGCGGCCACCAUGUCUCCCUCUGUCUCGGGCCUGAGGCCUCCGAGGCCCGACCGACCUAAAUCGAACCACCACCAUCACCCUUCUCCUCCCACCCCCAAACACAUUUCCACCAACCCCCCCAAAAAAGAAAACCCCGCCGUCUUCGCACCAUUCCCCUUCGCUUCUCACCUGCCCACCGCUCCUGCCUUCACUUGUCCGGACCGCCGACGGAUUCUCUUCACCCUUAUCAACCCGCUUUCUCUGUACCUUUCCCCCUCGGACGGCGGGGAAACAACGAGAAGCACCCGAGAAAUGGACGGGAUGUGUGCGGUAGCAAACACGUUUCUAAGGCCAUAUGGAAUACUCUUUAGAACCCUUGUCCUUUACCCACCAGAGAAACAAGAUUCCCCCAGCAGCGAACUACCAAAUUGUACAAAAGAAAACGGCUGUGUCGCCAAGGACUAUGUGCGUCUGAUGAAGUAUGGUGAUUCUCUGUACCGUUGCAAACAACUGAAACGUGCGGCACUUGGCCGCAUGUGUACUAUUCUCAAACGACAGAAACAAAGUUUGGAGUAUUUAGAGCAAGUUCGGCAACAUCUUUCUCGUCUGCCAUCUAUUGAUCCCAACACAAGGACGUUGUUGCUUUGUGGUUACCCUAAUGUUGGAAAAUCCAGCUUUAUUAACAAGAUUACUCGGGCAGAUGUUGAAGUACAACCCUAUGCUUUUACCACAAAAUCAUUGUUCGUGGGACAUAUGGAUUACAGAUACCUGCGCUGGCAGGUAGUUGAUACACCUGGAAUUUUGGAUCAUCCAUUGGAGGAACGGAAUACCAUUGAGAUGCAGGCGAUCACUGCACUGGCUCAUCUCCGUGCUGCUGUCCUAUAUGUGAUGGAUGUGUCAGAGCAGUGUGGCCACACUGUGGAGGAACAGCUGGAACUCUUUAAAAAUAUUCAACCUCUUUUUGCAAAUAAGCCCCUCAUUAUUGUUGCAAAUAAAUCUGAUGUAAAGAAGAUAGAUGAACUUACAGAAGAACAGAAGAAAAUCUUUGCAGAUUUAAUGGCAGAAGGGAUCACUGUAACAGAAACAAGUACUUUGACAGAGGAGGGCAUCAUUAAAGUUAAAACUGAGGCAUGUGACAGGCUUCUUGCUCAUCGUGUUGAUAGUAAAAUGAAAGGCAAGAAGGUGAAUGAUUUACUGAACAGACUACAUCUAGCUGUUCCAUCAAAGAGAGAUGAAAAGGAAAGGCUGCCUUGGAUACCUGAAGGAGCUUCCAAACGCAGAAAAAUGGAGGUUGAUGCACCAAAACGUAAAACGGAGCGAGACUUGGAGUUGGAGUUGGGUGAUGAUUAUGUCCUGAACCUCCAGACGUUAAUGCUGAUGAAUACAUUGGAUGAGAGGGCCUUCUUACAGAAAUUUGAAAGCAAACGUUCUAGCACUUUUCUAUUUUUACAGAUUGAACGAAAAACUUUGGAAAAGGAAAUGGGAUCGCUUGGUUUAGAUAUGGAUGACAAAGAUGAUACACACUAUGCUGUGCAAGCUCGACGAUCUAGAAGUGUCACCAGAAAGCGUAAACGUGAAGAAUCUCAACCACCAACAUCUAAAGUCCGCAGUCGGAGCAUUUCUCGCACUCCACGUGAUCUUUCUGGUGUGCGUGAUGAAAAGAUGUUGAAGAAGGUUAAAAAGAUGAUGAAGAACUCCCAACAGGACAUGAAUCGCAUGGGAAAGAAAGGAGAGGCUGACCGACAUGUAUUUGAUCUUAAACCAAAGCAUCUGUUUGCUGGCAAGCGAAAAAUGGGUAGAACAGACCGUCGAUAAACUAAAAAGAGGAUAGCCCACUCUAAAUUGCAGGACUGUGUUCAAUUUGCAACCCAUCAGAAAAGAAGCUAUAAAGCAUCUUGAUUUACACAUGAUAGAAGGACUGAGUGCGAGAAGAUCUUGAACAGAGGAAAUAUCUUGUCAAGAAUAUAAUUGUACUUUUGAAAAGAAUGAAUCUGAAUGUUAAAUUUGAGCUUUGUUGCUCACUCAAGGACAUGGUUUCUGAACUCAAGCAAUAAUGUAUAAGAAACAUUUUUUCGAAACUGAAUUAGUAUACUGUUGGAAAGUCUGACAAAAUCCUACAUUGAAAAGUUGCUGAAUGCUACCAAAUAUCUGCAGGUGACGGCAAUUUGAUUUUCUGAAUACAAUUUUAGCAAUGUGCAUUGUAAAUGGAAUUAUCAGUUCUUGCAUUGGUAAACAAGAUUUAAUUUGUGUUCAUUAAAUGGAUCUGACUUUAAAAGUGGGCUUAUUAUUUGGUUCAUAAUUGCACAGUAUUGUAAUCCAGACUGCCUCUGGUCUAGAGUCCAGAAAUGUCAGGUAUUUUCCAUUUAAAAUUUCUUAACAUUGCUGUCCUGUUUGUUACUUAAGGAGAGUUUUUGUAUUGUUUGAAAAGUUUUGAGAUCUUGUCUUCCACUGGUUUUAAAACUGCACAGUACAUUUAUUUUGUGUUGUUUAAGCUGUAAGCAGAUCUAGCCUUAAACUUCUUCAAGGUGGACAUGCCUGGAAGAGACUUAAAUACUAAGCCUUAUACUCUUCGGAGGCUUUUUUCCCUAUAUUUUAGGAAAAUUAUAUGCUUUGACUUAACUUAUUUCAUUUUGCUUUCUCAAGUAUUUUGCCUGUUGUGAUCUCUGCAACAUGAAAUGAGAUAGCACCAAAAUGCUAAAGCCCUUUUCUUUUAAAAUUAAGAUAAAUUAUUUGAUUUUUGAGUGCAUUUCCAAAAAUCUAAGUAAUAAAAUUAAUUUUAAAAAAGUAUGUGUAAUACAUUUUAAAACAUAUAACUCUUAAAAUACAUUUCACAUGUUUUUCCAGAACAAAUACUUGAUAAAUUCUGUAGAUAAUGAGUAGUAUUGGUGUUGGUCAUUAAGCUUACAUGUGUUUUAUUAGUAGUGUUACAAGAAAUAUUACCCUCUGACUCAAGUAAUGUUACUGAAAAUGUGCAGUCAUGCCAUUUUUCCAAACUGAGGAAAGUUUGUUUGGAUAUUGUGUAACCAGUGGAUUUUUCUUUUCCCACCCUAUUUUUCAGUCUUAGCCCAUGUGAGUGCUCGUGCACCAUUCUGUCCCUCAAAUAAAGGUGUCACUCAGA